UGAUCUCUAUCUGGAGAUGGAUUUAAGAGAAUAUUACAGUGCAGAAGACAAGAGUAUGAACUUUCAUGCUCCCGCUUUCUUUGAAUGGCUCAAACCGUCUUCAUAUCCUCCUCCUCCUCCUCCUUCAUCUUCUGUGAUUCACAAAGAGACUAUUCAGUUUUUGCCAAUUUUAACUGAAAAGCCCUCAAAAGAGGAAGGCUAUGGUACUGUUGGGGUAAUUAAAGAAGAGAAGGACGACGUAGAUGAGCAAGUGACUGUGGCUUUGCACAUAGGAUUACCUAACACACAAGGUUUUGAGGCUGAUGAUGAUCAGAAGAAUAAGAAAGUUACCGAUGUGAAGGAAGAAGAAGUGGUGAAUAAUAGAAGCUUUCAAGAGUGCUCUAAGAAUUCUAACACAGAGAGAAGAUUCUGGAUACCAACUCCUGCACAGAUCCUUGUUGGGCCGAUGCAGUUUACUUGUUCCAUAUGCAGCAAAACCUUCAAUAGGUAUAAUAACUUGCAGAUGCAUAUGUGGGGUCACGGAUCAGAGUACAGAAAAGGAGCAGAAUCACUGAAAGGAACACAACCAGCGGCAAUGCUGAGACUGCCAUGUUACUGUUGUGCCCAAGGCUGCAAAAACAACAUCAACCAUCCAAGAGGCAAGCCUCUUAAGGACUUCAGAACCCUCCAAACCCAUUUCAAGAGGAAGCAUGGUUCUAAGCCUUUUGUCUGCAGAAAAUGCGCCAAACCCUUCGCCGUUAAAGGAGAUUGGAGGACUCACGAGAAGAACUGUGGCAAGUUCUGGUAUUGCUCCUGCGGUUCUGAUUUCAAGCACAAGAGAUCUCUCAAAGAUCAUAUCAGAUCCUUUGGAAAAGGUCACACCCCUCGUUUUGAAGAUGAUGAUGACAAGGAAUAUUCCAUCACUACUACUUCAGCCUCUCAAGAAUGUUAAGUUGCUAUUCACUAUGGCUUUCUUUCCAUUUUUUUCAGAUAUAUAUCCAGGGGUGCUACAUUAUUUCACUUCCUUGAACAUCAAACUUUAAUUAUGAGAUUAGCACAUCACCUUAAGAUUUAUUUGUUUUUUUUUUUUCAGUCUCUCACUCAACUUCUUUAUUUUUGCUAUAACUUCAAAUUUAUAUGCUAAUUUUGUUAUU